AAUUAUGCACACCUACGAAUUUGUGAAACGAUCAAAAUUUUGAUAUUUUAAAUUCCCGCCAGACUCCCAUCAAAUUUUUCGCCUCUCCUUUUAGCUAUUUGGCUUCCAUUGUUUACAGACCACAGAAGAGAGAGAGAGAGAGUAAAAUAUUGAGGCAAACGAAGGAGACAUAAUUCCCAACACAAGAGAGAUAAUUGCAGCAGAUUCGUAUCAAUUAAGACCAGCUUUUGUUAUUGUAGGAUAUGGAAAAUGUAGUGGCAACUGUGAGUGGUUACCAUGGAUCUGAGAGGUUCAAGCUCAUCAAGCUUAUUUCACAUUCUGGAGCAAGUUAUGUUGGGGCAAUGUCAAGAUCCAUCACGCAUUUGGUGUGUUGGAAAUUCGAAGGGAAAAAGUACGAUCUUGCAAAGAAGUUUAAUACAGUAGUAGUAGUAAAUCAUCAAUGGGUUGAAGAAUGUGUAAAGGAAGGGAGACGAGUUUCUGAGACGCCUUAUAUGUUUGAAAGUGGGGAAGAGGUUGGACCUUUGAUUAUGGAACUUCCCGCGGUUUCAGGGGAAGCUAAAGUUACUAAGAAAGUGAAUAAGACUACCGAAACUUUUGAUAAAUACUUUAAUAAUGGUGAAGAAAGCAGGAGGGGAUCCACUUCUGAGCUUGCUACUUGGAUGGAUUCUGUCUUGUUGAAAGAGAAAAAUACAGAAGCAAACAGACAGUCAGUGCGAUUAAGAACAAAGAGGCCGAGUAAUAUUUUUGAAGACAAGGAAAACACUGGCGUGGCUGAAUCUUCAGGGAAAGGAAAGAGGCGGUUAGUACAGAAACGCUUGUGCAGAAACCUUGUCGACCUUGAAUCUGAUGAGGAAUCUGAUCAUAGUUGGCUUUACAAUUCUGACGAGAACCGAAAUAAGACUCAGGAUACUAGAGAGCCUGAUGAUGAAAAUGUAAGGGAGUGUGUUUUCGAACCAGGAGAAACAUCAGCUCUUCGGCAUCCUGGAGACUCUGCAACACAAAACUGGGACGUGGAUGAAAUAGAGGAGUCUGAAAAUUGGAGUCAUUCAGCUGUUUUUAAACGUCCGAGAUCAAAUAGUACAGAGAGAAAACUGCAAGAGGAUGGGUCAAACUACAACAAAACUGAUUCAAGAAGAGAAGAGACAGAAGCAACUGAGAAGGUUCCUCCUGCACAGGUUUCUUGUAUCAUAUGCUGGACCGAGUUUAGUUCCAGUAGAGGCAUCCUCCCUUGCGGGCAUAGGUUUUGUUAUUCCUGCAUCCAGAAAUGGGCAGACCGUUUGGUUGCAGAAAGGAAGAAGACAACAUGUCCAUUGUGCAAGUCCAAUUUCAUCACCAUAACAAAAAUAGAAGACGCUGGAUCAUCCGACCAAAACAUAUAUUCACAAACAGUCCCUGACCUAUCUUCAACAAAUAACACUCUUGUAGUACUCCCUGAAGAAGAAGAAAGACGAGGCUUCAAUGCACUGGCUCGAGUUUCAGGUUGCAGCAAAUGCUACUUGACUGAGCCGGAGGAGCUUCUCAUAAGAUGUCACCUCUGCAAUUUCCGGCGCAUCCACUCUUAUUGUUUAGACCCUUACCUGCUUCCUUGGACCUGCAAGCAUUGCAAUGAUCUUCAGAUGAUGUACCAGCGUCGUAACUAUUAAAUAAAAAAUAUGACCAUGUCUUGAUUUUGAAAUUAUGAAUGUUAACAGUAUCUCGAUAUCUCCCAUUGUUUAUUUUCGUUUACAUGAAAUAAAUUGAA